AUGAGUGUCGAUUUUACAGUCUUCAAGGGCUCCAAGUCCGGAGAGAUCGUCGAGGCCAUAGGCCACCGAGAUGUCGGACCGAGACAGGCCUUGGUCCAAAUCACGCACAGCGGCGUUUGCGGCACAGACCAACAUUUCCGACAUCAGGGCCAAGGCUUGGGCCACGAAGGCGUCGGCAUCAUCAAGGUGAUUGGUUCCAUGGUCCCGGAAAUCUCAGAUCUGAAAGUCGGUGACCGCGUAGGUAUGGGCUGGGUCCAGAAGGUUUGUCUACACUGUAAGCCAUGUUUGACCGGUCAACACUCCAAAUGUCUCAACUCGGAGCAAUUUGGCACGGCGAACUUGGACCAGGGCUCCUUCAGCACCGGACUUGCCUGGGACGUCUCCGCUCUGUUCAAGAUUCCCGACGCGAUUGAUUCGCCGUCAGCUGGACCACUGAUGUGUGGAGGAGCGACGGUCUGGGGACCUUUGUAUGAACAUGGCGCCAAAGCGGGAGACCGUGUCGGCAUCUUGGGUAUCGGAGGACUGGGUCAUCUGGCCAUUCAAUUCGUCAACAAGAUGGGGAUGGAAGCCAUUGCGUUCUCAGGCACGGAGUCGAAGAAGGACGAGGCUUUCAAAUUAGGAGCGUCGGAGUUCCAUGCUACCAAGGGCGUGACUAAGUUCGAAGGCAUCGAGCCUAUUGAUUUCUUCCUUAUCACAACGAACGUCCUUCCAGAUUUGUCCUUAUACGUUCCCGUGCUAGCACCGUUUGCAAAGGUGUUUCCCCUUACCACGAGCUUCGAUGCCUGGCCUGUGCCUAUCUUCCCCUUGUUGGUGUAUGGGUACAGCAUCAUUGGGUCGGGCGGGGCGCAUCCUCAAUCAAUGAGAGCGAUGUUGACUUUCGCUGCCACACAUAAGAUCAGGCCAAUCUUGGAGAAGUUCCCCAUGACCAAAGAGGGCAUUACGGCUGCCAUGAAGAAGUUGGAUGAGGGGAACAUGAGGUAUCGGGCUAUCGUCGAGGUGUGA